GCUAAUGGUUAGCAACUAUUAGCUAUCCCUACAGUUGGCAAGAGGACCUGUAUAAAGAGUCGAAACAGCAAGGUUUGUCAACGACCAGGCAAAGUGGGCUUCGUCAGCUGUUUAAUUUAUUUAGUCAACAUUAGCGUCGUGAGUCUGGCUCGGCAUUUGCAACGGUUGAGAAGAAUAUGGUUGUGAAUCUCUGUCUGCCACAGUUUUAUACAACAGUCCAUUGCAACAAGCUGUGUGCAGAUGGCUAUGAUGUCACAAAUCUUGUGUCAGCUGACCCCGCUGUCCGGAGGCGUGGCUUCAAGCUGGAGUACUUUCUACGUCCACCUGUACAGGUGACGUUGAAGUUUGGCUUCCAGGUGGAGCUCUGCAGGGUGGAUGUGGAGCUGUGGCCCUGGGGUAUGGACCGCGGACAGGCCUGCAAGAGGCUGGAGAUCAGCACCAGCUCUGAUUCACUUGCUUUGCAGAAUUUUAGUCAAGGCCCCAAACAGGUUGAUCAAAAGGAACAAAUGCAGGUAAAGGACCAGAGUGAACAGAACAAAAAUAAACGAGAAUAUGACAGUAAAUCUUGCCAGAGUAAUGGCCACCAGUGGAGUCUUCAGGCCCAACAAUGGGGUGAAGAGACUCUAGAUGGGCGUCAACAUAAAGGGCAUGCAUACAAGAGGCAGAUGGCCAAAGAGCACACUCAAACAAAUGCUGAAUCCAGCCAACCUGAGGCAGAGUUUAGACUGGUAGGUCGUUGUGAACUUAAAGAGGAAACCCAAGUCUGUUUUUCGCGUUCAAAUUUUAGUCCCCGGCCUCCAUUCCUCUCUCCACCCCCUCCACAACCUGCAAACUGUCGGCAAGAGGAGCUCUGGAGCCGGGGUCUGCUCUCGUUGGGCGCUGUGACGCAACUUCGUGUGACUGUGCCGUUUGGCGGUGCAGCAUCUGCUUUGGGGCUCAAGGCUUUAACCGUGUGGGGACAGCCUGCUCGCUGCUGCCCUGCAGAAGACGUGGAGAGGAUUAAAAGUGUCCAUGAGGCCAGUGUAAGACAGCUGCCACGAACUGUAUUUUUUGCCCCCUCUGUCAGACAUAUAAACCAACCACUGCAAGCAGCCACACCUCCAAGCAGUCUUUCCAUCCCAGAAGAGUUCCUUGACCCAAUAACCCAGGAGGUAAUGACGCUGCCUAUGCUGCUGCCCAGUGGUGUGUCAGUGGACAACACCACUCUGGAGGAGUACCAGAAGAGGGAGGCCACUUGGGGUCGUGCCCCGAAUGACCCCUUCACUGGGGUCCCGUUCACUUCAAACUGCCAGCCUCUUCCUAACCCCCAACUGAAAACCCGCAUCGAUCACUUCCUCCUGCAGAGAGGGGAUGUGAGGAGGGACGGGAUGUUGGGGAGACAAGGCGAGGGAGAGAAUCCACAAGCCUCAAGACUUAUACCCUCCAAGGUAGACGGACAGUCCCAGAACUCUACGUGUAUCAGCAAAAGCUCAAUAAACAAUACUUCUAUUCAAUAUAAUGCUGGAACUAGAAACACAAAGAGGACUGCACAGAUAGAAGACACUGGAUUAGGACAUUCAUCAGAUAAUGGGAAUCAUACAACUAACUCCCAGCCUCUUACUACAGAUGGUGAAUCAGAGUUAGAUAGAAGGAAGAAACGAAGUCUAAGUGGAAUUUCUAAAGAGUCAACAGAAGAGUUGACAACUGAGAAGCAAUUACUACCUCAAACAAAAAGACCAAGAAAUGCUGCAGUUUCAGCCCCCAGCUGCAGCUCCCAUGAGCAGCGUUUGUCAGCAAGCCUAGAUGAAGCCCUUUUCUCUGCCCUGCAAGGCAGACCAUCCUUCACCUCAAACUUGUCUCAGCAGAGACGGGUUGCUCCUGACUCUGAGCCAGUGAAAACCACACAGCAGUUCCAGAGUUCAGGCUCUCCGAGCGUCUGUACAGGUGAGAAGACAUGCUCUGCGUGUUCCUGUUCAGUCUCUGCUUACUCCACGUCUGUAUCAUCCAUCUAUCGUCUAACCUGCAGUCACUUGCUCUGCCAUGCCUGCCUGCGGAGGCAUUCAAAUCGGCUAAACUCAGUCACUGCAGUAACAUCCAGUCACAUCUUGUGUCCCGCCUGCCAAAGCCCUACCCCACGCAGUGACAUCAUACGUGUGCAUCACUGACAGAUGGAGUAAAAAGGCAAAGUUACGAACUUCAAAAGUCUGCCAGGAAAUGAGGAGGUUUGCUCUCAAGGUGAAAACAGGGUUGUAAUCCAGAUGUGGUGUUCAAGUAUUGUGACCGUGUUGAACUCAAAAUGAAGAAAAAAACAAUUAAAGUUGAAAGUUAAAAUUCCUAUUUAUAGAUUGUUUACUGGGUUUGAUGCUGUUAACUCCUACUCUCAUUAUUUUGUAAUAUUUUGUAUUAAUUCUUAUCCAUGUGCGUUACCAAGCACUGAGGACUUCAAGUCUAGCACUGUGAUAUAUUCCUUAGACUUGCCUUGGACCUGUGGCGUAACAAAAUCAGAUUAUACAGACCAAACAGGUUUUUAAUGCCCACAGCUGAAGAAAGGACAUCAGUGAAAGGAAAGACCUUUUUUGUAAAAUCUUGCAUUUAAGAAUGUGAAAAAUAUAUAUAUAAAUAUAUAAAAGUCUCGUCCUCAUCUCUUCCACCCCCUCUUCCCAUCUUAGCCUUUUCAUUCAGCAUUGAAGUUUAGUUGCAGCCUUGGUUCAGCCGCCUUUGUGGAGACCCUGGAUGUGUUGAGGAAGCACAAAGAAAAAGGUUGAGGGACAGAAGUACUGGGAGCAACAGGCCAGAAGAAUUAAUCUCCAAUCGAGUCCAUCCAAGGCUGUGUGGUCAUUGUGCAGAAACAGACGGGGUCUUGCUUAGCUCAGCUGACGUCCUGAUGCCAUGUCCUUACCUCAGACCCCUCCCUUCUAUCUUUCUUCACUUCAUUCACCACUUUACACUCUUUACACUCACUACACUCUUGCUUAGGUUAAGAGGGUAAAAACAGGCAGAAAAUGUAAUGAUGAGGAAUUAUUGGAUCUGACUAUGUACAAAUUUUUUAUUAUGUUUUUGGUGUGUUAAUAUUAAAAUGUAUCUGCUUCCAUGAAUUCCCACAGUGGCAAAUGUUCAUCAGGUAGCAUUAAAAGGUUUAGUGUUAGGAAAGAAAAUGACAAUUUUUCCUGGCUGAGACUACAUGUCCUCCUGAGUGUCCUUGCCCACAUAUUCGCUUUCUGCCUCUUAACACUUCACCCUGACCGCCUCGUGCAAGUGUGUUGUGUGCACAAAAGGGCUAAACAGAGCAAAGUCAGGAAAAACAGUUUUUAUUGGGCUUUACAAUCACAAACGGCAUAAUUUAAAUGUUGGUCUCCCUGACAACAUCAACCUUAACCAAGGUCAUGAUCCUGUAUCCGCCCAAUAAACAAAGACUGGAAUCAGUUCUGCAUGUGAAAUCGGGACAUGAGCUUCACUGUUUCAGCUACAAGUAUGAGAUAAAUCACUUAAAUGAUACACAAUCAGA